AUGGCUUCUCAAAAAGUUGAUAUCUUUGCUGGUUUGGAAUACAAUUCUUCACGUGCUCAAAAAAAACAAACUAUUAAUGUUUCUCAACACUCUCAACCCAUUCAAAACAACCAGUUUUCAAAUACUGACAUUUUAUUCCAAACACAACCAAAAACUACAACACCUUCUAGUGAUGAUAUCUUCAAUUUGCUAAACGCCCCUACUAAAAAAUCUCCUUCUCCAUCUUCCCAAUCUUUUGACUUCAUUCAACAACCUUCCUCUUCUAACAAUACCCAAACAAAAAGUCCUUCUUCUUUUGAUUUUGAUAAACAAAUUCUAACCCCUUCGAAAUCUCCUUCAUCUUCUGUAGUAUUCGAUUUCCUUACUAAUACAUCACCUUCAAAUAGUCCGUCUUUUAGUUCUUCUCAAAAAAAAUCUUCUACCACUUCAACAGUUGAUUCAAAUGAUAUAUUUUCAGGUCUUUCUUAUUCUGCACCAAAGAAACAACACAACUCAAAUUCUCAACCACUUACAAAUACACACCCAACACCUUCAAACACUUCUACAUUAUCUAAUUCUACUACACCAAUAAAUGGAAAUCUUUUUGAAACCCCUUCUCCAACUACAUCAAAUGAUCUUUUUGAUGUAUUACUAAAAAGUCCUUCUAGUAAAUCACCUGCUCAUGCCCCAGAAACUGUAGAUGAAUUAUUUUCUUCAUCUAACUUAAAUUCAAAUACUCAUAACCAAUACUCAGAACCAAUUACACAACCAGUUACUCAAGAAGAAAAGAAAGAUUCUGGAAAUAGUAAUAUAAUAGAUUUCUUUGGAAGUUCUCAACCAACUCCAUCUACUCAACAAGAAAAGAAAGGAGAUUUUUUGGAUAAUCUCAUUGGCGGAGAAAAGAAAGAAGAGGAAGAAGACACAAGUAAAAUUGUUUAUGGUAAACAAGAAAAACUUACUGUUGAUAUGGUUAAUGAAUGGGCUUGUGAAAAAGGAACCAAUCAAAGAAAGAACAUUCGCUCAUUAUUAAAGAACUUAGAUGAAAUCUUAUGGAAUGACCAAAAAUGGAGAAAACUAGGAAUGUCUGAUUUGUGUGAUUUUGAGGGUGUACAAAAAUGGUAUAAAAAGGCAGUUAUUUUAAUCCAUCCAGAUAAAAAUCAAUUCAGAAGUGCUGAUCAAUUAGAAUGUGCCCAAGUUCUUUUUGAUCACGUUAGAAUGUCUUAUAACAUUUUUAGAAAGACUGAACGAAAAUAA